UUAUAUAUAAAUUUGAAAUUAAUAUCUCUUAAUUCUCUCUCUCUCUCUCUCUCUCUCUCUCUUGAUAAAAAUAAAUAUGUUAAUAUAUUAUUGUUAAAAUCAUCCAAGUGCUCUACUAUAAAAUUAUGUCCAACGUAAAUUCGCGCGUAUAAUUCUUAGUUGUUAUCCCGCAUUAAUAAAGAAAGAUAUAUAAAAAAAAGAAUCAUGUCGGGAAAUGUGCCCGAACCAGAAAUUGGUGGAUUUUUUCGCUCGAAUUUGUUAGCGGUGAGAAAGGCGAUUCGCCAGCAGGAUUUCAAGAAGUUUGCUGCUCUCGAAUCGAACGCUAAAAGAGUGGCUUUCGUUUUGAGCUAUCCCGAAGCUCAUCAAUUACCCCUGGAGGUAGAGAAACCUAUGGUCAAGGAUCGCGAUGGUGCUAUUCAAUUCAAGGACGUCGGGAACAAAUUUUUUGGUCGCGGCGAAUUCGCGAAGGCCUUGGAAACGUAUUCGAGCGCAGCCGUUCUAGCGCCGUCAACAGAGCUAAGCGUCAUUUUGGCGAAUCGUUCGGCCACGUUGUACCACUUGGAGCGUCACGACUACGCGUUGGAAGACAUCGAAGAAGCUUCGCAACUCGGUUACCCGAAGAAUCUUCUUUAUAAGCUCGAAGAGCGACGGGCCAGGUGUUUACUGGGCCUGAAGAGAUACGAUGAGGCGGUCGAGGCGUUCAGGCGGGCUCUCCGGGCCCUGGAUGAUGCCAGGAUACCCUUGGAGCGCAAGCAAAAGUUCGAGGCGGACAUCAGGGUGAUGCUCGCGGUGAUGGACAAGGGUAAACAGCUUAACGAGGCCGCUACCACGAAUCCUUCGCGUGUUCACGGCAAACAAAAAUCCAACGCGCGUUUGGAAGACAGAUUUAUCCCGGAGAAGAAGAGGAAUCCCCUGUAUCCCGCUUGCAGCAAAGCGGUGGAGAUCAGGGACGAUGGGGGUGAUGUAGGUAGACACGCCGUGGCGACCAGGGAAAUAGUGCCAGGCGAGAUCGUGAUCGUCGAACGAGCGCAUUGCGCGUUUCUGCUGGAGGAGAACAGGCUCACGCAUUGCAAUCUGUGCUUCGUGAGGAUAUUCGUGCCGACGCCAGCAGCUUGUCGCACUUGCAACUGCGUCAUGUACUGCAGCCGCCGCUGCAGAGAUGCGGAUGCCGAAGUGCACUCGCGGGAGUGCAAGUUACUGCCGGCCUUGUGGCACUCAAAAGCUUCGGUCACGUGCUUUCUGGCCCUAAGGGCGAUUACGCAAAAACCUUUCGAGGAAACUAUGAAGCUGAAGGAACGACUCACGAAUCCCGGAAGUGCGUCGAAGAUCUCCACCGAGAAUCCAUAUCGAGGAGACGAUUAUGCAAAUACCUUUUAUAAUUUAGUUACUCAUGAAGACAAAAGAAUGCCCGAAGAUAUUUUUCACCGGGCCUAUAUGGCGGCCUGGCUGUUAAGAUUGCUAAGAGCAGGCGAGUACUUCCCAGAAAAUGUAAAAACCGUCGACUCAGUGGAUAGUAAAUUGUCAGACGAAGAGUUGUUUAUCGCGGAGCUGUUGUUACACAAUUUGCAGUUAUUGCAAUUCAAUUCACACGAAAUUUCAGAACUGGUAAGGCCGAAAGGAGCAAAAACACUCGCUAAAGCAAAGAGUAUGUUCAUAGGCGGUGGUGUUUAUCCUACAGUAGCGAUGUUGAAUCAUUCAUGCAAUCCUGGCGUAGUUCGGUAUUUCAUUGGCACCACCAUGAUAGUUCGCGCUAUUCGUACGAUCAGCGUAGGUGAAGAGAUCUCUGAAAACUACGGUCCCAUCUUCACAACCACGCCCGAGAUUGAACGAAAAAGAAAAUUAAGGGUGCAAUAUUGGUUCGAUUGCAAUUGCGAGGCGUGCUCGGGGCAUUGGCCACUUCUCGACGAAUUGGAUCCAACAAUACUUAGAUUUAAAUGUGAGACUGGACCGUCCUGCGGUAACGUGUUGCUGGUCAGAAGCGAUACGAAGGAGUUCAUGAUCGGAUGUGCGAAGUGCGGCAAGAGCACUAACAUCUUGAAGGGUUUGAAGGUUCUACAGGACACGGACGCGCUUUUUAGGGUCGCAUCGACGAAUCUCGAGGAAGGUCGAAAUGAACAAGCGCUGAAAGCAUAUCUGGAGAUCUUAAAACUACUGGACGAGAACCUGGCUUUGCCUAUUAGAGAUUAUCAUUUUUGUCAGCAAGGAGUGAGAUUGUGCACCCUUGCUUUAGGUAAUACAGCUUAUAUCUAAUCUCAGAUAUCAAAUAUUCAUACUAGAAAUCUUUCUAUUACAAAAUAACAUUUCUUCUGCAUUUAAAUAUAACUUGAUUAAUAUUAAAGUUAAUUUCUUAUCUCUUAUCAGAAUGCUUACAGACAUCAAAUAUAAAAAAUAUAAAAAUAUAAUUUUUAAAAGUUUUCUUAAAAUUUUUCAAAGUUUUCUUAAAAUAAAAAAAAGUUUUUUGGGGAAAAAUAACACAAAAUAUUAUUUUUCAAUGUAAAGACAAUCGUGCAAAUUUCUCAUCAUAAUCGUAACGUACGUACAAAGAAAAGACAAUUUAUUCAAAUUUUGUACACUGAUUAUUCACAAAUUUAUUGUAUAUUUCUAAUACAAGUCAUUCUAAUACAAGUAUAUAAAACAAUGUAUUGAAAGAAAAAAAUCUUUUCUCAUUCUUUUAUCAAAUAGCAGAUAAUUAAUAAACUCACCUCAACGAUAAUUAAUGAUAAUAAUAAUAAUUAGAUCCCAGAAGUUUGCGUGUGAAAUUCCGGGUUGUGCAUCACUACGUGCAAUUGUCGACAUGUGCGCAUAUGUACGUUCAGUCGUUCGUCACACAUAGAACUAGCACGCAGCAGUAUCCAGCGACGCCGGGUUUUGCGCAAACUUUCGGGCCUUUAUUAUUAUUAUUAUUAUUAUUAUUAUUUUUAUUAUUAUAAUUAAUCAUGAAAUCUCUCUAAAUGUAAUGAUAAUAAUGGAUAUAGAAUAAUAACUUGCUUUGUAGUUUUAUGUUAUAGCGGAGUC